AUGGACUUAUGGACAGACGAACAUCAACAUAGUACCACGACUGUCGACUUUCGGCUACCAAUACCACUGCGCCAUCAACCGCGAUUUCAAAAUGGAACUCAAAUUUCAACAACACUUGCAGAGACUUCCAAGGAGCCCAUACUUGUACCUUCAAUUCCUUUCGACAUUUCAAGCACUUUGAAGACUGCCACAGGAUUGCCAUCUAGAGUCAGUUCUAUCUCCCCACUAGUCACGCCGGUCACUACGACUACGGCAGGUUUACCUGUGGGCCACGUAACUACUAUAUUGGAAACUUUGACGACCCCAGAUUCUUUGCUUGGAAGCAAGCUUGGCCCGAAUUCACCAACCACACACGAUGAGUCGAGAACACUAUUUACUAAUUCCAUAUCGCCUCACUGGUCGUCCAUUGCACCGGUUCCUGGUACCAGCCUACUCCGCAUUAGCUCUCAGCCUUCCCCAACAUUAGCAAUAUCAUUAGCGAUACCCUCCAUUGGAGCAUCCUCGGUCGGUUCAACAUCGGACAGACGAGCAUCGUUAUCAGCCUACAUUGUGACUUCACUUAAAGAUAGAAGUCGAUCACAGUCUACGCUACUGGCCUCACCUAUCACAUCACUCGAGUCAGAGGUAUCCCCGGCUGUAGAUUUCACGCGUCAUUUACCCUCGUCUUCUAUAUUGCUGGUCGUACCUACUAUUUUGCCUCAAGCUACCCCGGAAACAAUAAGCCCUACGACCACAUCUCUCGAGAUACCCUCCAGCCAUGAGUCAAGACCUGGAAAUUCUUCGGCCGUAGUUUUUACCAGUGGCUUGACUAUUCUGUCGCAAAGUCAUCAGGCCUUUCCUACCAUAACCACAUUAUGGAGGAAAAGCUCUUCAUCAAGUGGUGCACAUGUAUCCAUAACAUCAACCAGUAUCCUCCCCAUCUUGUCCUUGCCACCUCACGUCUCGUCGACGCCGAUGUGGAGCACGAACUCUACGUUACAGGAUGCCAGCUUCCGAUCAGAGACAACAGACUCUAGUCAAAACAAUUUAAUUCCUGUUUCAGCAGGAAGCUCAUUGCCAUCUUCAUCGCUUUCCGCCGCUCCUAACUCGACAUCGUCUACAAAUAUUGCCAUUGUCAUAGCAACAUCGGUAACUAGGAACGAAACAUCUUCGUUAGCAGGAACGAGCGUAUCAAACGGGCAAUGGCCUUCUGGAUGGGCUGGUCUGGUUCCGACAGAGACCCCUAUCAAUAGUCAAGAUUUUGCCACAGCUUCCAGUCCCAGCCCGCUCGAGAGCCCUUCUCCUCUUGCAAUUGCUACUCCGAUUAAGAAUGAAACUAUUUCAAGAAGUGCUAGUAGCCUUCCCUCGCAAUCGCAGCCAGACAUUCUCCUUCCUCCCAGCCCGAGUCCUGCUGGGCCCUCGUCGAUCAACCCGUCUUUGCAAUUCGCUGCCACCACCACAUCGGUUCUACCCGUCAGCUCUACUGCGAUCGCUUCGCCGCUGGGGAUCGCCACUCCCAUCGUGUCGUUAAGUCUUGGGAUGAACCAAACUUAUGAUACUCACCCAACUCCGUUUACUACCUCUGGAAACGGCGUAUCCAUGGCGUCCGUCAUAACCGAAUCCUCGAGUGUUUCCCAUCAUGCGUCUGCUGUCUUCAGCAAUGCCACAACGACUACUCCGACUAUACCUUUGGCCACCUAUCCCGCCAUCCCUCAAUUGAGCACCAUGAUCGCUACUAUCGCCAGCCAGUCCAAUUCUUCGGAGACUGCAUCGUCAACAUCGGGCGCUUUGUCGCCCUACCCAUCAGUAUUUCCGUCAGCCGGCACAUCAACCAAUCUCCAUGGCAAUAGUUCCAUGCCGUCCUCUGGGCUCUCCAGACCGUCUUCCAAUAGCCUUUUCCCGCAGAGCUUCAAUGCUUCCGAGCCAACAAAAACUGUAGGCGGGUUCCCCACGGUUGGUCUGAAAAGCUCCAGCCCUAUUAUCACCGCGGACAGCACGCCUGUCUAUUCUCAAACUAGUGUCAACAACUCGACUGCAGAUGCAUCACCGCCUCAAGCUACUUUUUCUUAUGUUUCUUCGCCACAAAGCAUUGCUCAUAUCAUGUUACCGAUAACUCAACCACUCUCGGAACAACCACAGCGUACUAAUGUUAAUGAGACAAGGAUGCAAGGCUUCUUUGCGCCUCCCAUAUCAAACGAGGACACUAUCACAACCACAAAGUCCACUUUUAUUACUCUUUCAUCAGCUCGAGGUAAUGUCUCGCAAAGCACAAGUUCAUCUGCGGCAGCGAGUCUGUCUACAGACUCAUCGACUUCGGAUUUGGGUUCCAAGGCUACACCUUCACCGGUCUUGAAACCUAUACUGCCACCGGUCUCAUCCGCGUCUACAACAAUGCUCGCAGAGCCCGAAUCGGACCAACCGAUCUUGACCCUUUCACAGACCGCAGGUGUAGCUACUGCUAGCUUUGCUGGUGUUCUUCUAGCUGUCAUUGCGGCUAUUUUCGUCGUGCGCCGAUAUCAUUCAACCCGAGCAGCAAGGCACAAUAGUACAAUGUCGCAAAAUAGCAUGUAUCCCAAGAUGGGUCAUCUGUAUGACCCUCCGGCUGCCAGGAGAAGUACCCAGGAUGAUGACGACAACAAUACGCCAGCUUUCAUGUCUGGUGGUGCUGAGGGUUUGCCACCCCAGAGUGCUGUUGGGACAGCGAGAACCUCUCUUGAAUCUGGAGCAAGAUUUGGUCUUGGUGUUUCGCCAUUUAGCGAUCCCGGCAAUCCGUUUAGGGAUUCAAAUGAAUAUACUCAGGCGUACAUAGAAGCCUCUGGUUCUUCACCACGGUCGUCCGUCGAAGUUCCUGCUGCGCUCAGAAUUGUGGAUAGCAAUUCGCAAUACGAUUCGCAGUAUAGGCUGACUUCUCAAUGGUCUGCCACAGAAUCAGACAACAGUAGGCCCUCGCAGGAGUCUCAUGAGUAUGUCAGUACAUGUCCAAGUCUAAGUCCCUUUGUCGGGACUCUGCAUCGUAGCCAUGCGCGCGCAAGGAGCCACGGGAGUACUGGGAGUACCGGAAGCAGAAGCCAAUGUAUGAGUAAUACUACACCUUCUGCGCCAUCGAUUGUCGCUCCCAAUUGCCGCACACAAUCACGCCACGGACCGCUUUCCUGCUACAAUCAACCGUCACCGAGGGAGUCGGGCAUCACCAAUCCAUUCGAGCACGACACCGAUCUUCCGUUGCAAACAGACGCAAUAACGGAAUCACAAGACUCAGUACUGAUAUAUGCUCCAUCCCCAACAUACAGAACUACCCACUAA